UGUCUUCCUGCUCAUCCUCUGCUUGGGAAUGGCCUCAGCUGCUUCUUCCUCUUCUGAUCCCAGUUUGGAUGCUGAAUGGGAGGAAUGGAAGAUGAAAUACAAUAAAAAGUACAGCCCGGAGGUAGAAGGAUACAGAAGAGCAGUGUGGGAAGAGAAUAAGAAAAUGAUUGAACAGCACAACGCAGACUAUGAGCAGGGCAAGACCAGCUUCAUGAUGGGCCUGAACCACUUUUCUGACAUGGUGACUAUUACGUGAAUUCUUAGCUUUGUGUUUCUUCUCCACACAUCUUUCCUGUAUCUGGUUUUCAGUGUUUUAUUUUGCUCUUUUAUGAAGACUUUUGAAGAAUUCAAGAGAAAUUGCUGUGGACAUUCAAUGUGUCCACCAAUGGUUCAUGGUUUGCCUGAAUCUGGGGAUUUGGAAAAGAACAGCCAUGUGACACCUGUGAAGGAUCAGGUAUGACAGAGUCACAACCCCACCCUCAUCUGCCCACAGGGAGCCACGAGGGAACUGAAGUCCUCACCGUGUCAGCAGUGGAACAGCAUGCACCCACUGUUUAACUACGUGUUCUUCUCUAUGAAAUGUGGGGAGAGUUUAUAUUGGGGUGUCGUUGACAGCCUUUCCUUCAUGAUCGGGGUACUGUAGUUUGGCAUUAAACAUGGUGAACAUGUGUGUGUGUGUGUGUGUGUGUGUG